CGAAUCAGCUGAGAUACAUCAAAGAUAAUGACACAAACCAACAAACACUGUAGAUAGUUCAAAUCUACGUUAAUGUGAAACAUGGGAGUAAUGGGGGUUAGGGAUAAUAUGAAAGUGUUAGUAGUGAAAGUGCAAAAAGAAAUGACCUGCACCUGAACUAUGGUGGGAAAGGCAUGAUCGAAGUAAUACCAUAACCUGUCAUUUACCGGGACGACUGUCAUUAACGCUACGAAAUGGCUCAGUGCAAGUUGACACCCCAUGAAUUCAUCCAGAAUGCUUUUUCGCCACUUAUAGCCGCUAUGUGUAGCCCCUUGGUCGAUCAGGCAUGCCAGAAAAACAACUUAUCUUUUACAGAAAUGAUUCAGCCGUUUUGCAAAUUGAAUACAGAAGCCCAUUUCCGAGAACCAUCAGGUGGUGUAAUACCAGUGAGAAACUUAAGAUUUACAGUGUUGGAUGUUAACGCUCGGCCACCUCAGCCAACGCUGGCAAGGAAGUUUCUUAAUGAAUCUGUAAGCUUUGCAUCUAGUGAGCGAAACUACCCCAUCAAUAUAGGUGACCAGACUGUAGAAAUUCCAGCAUCUGCUCCGUGGUUUGAAGCAUGGAGAGAAACCUUUCUUCAGGUUCAGUUUCCCUCUGACCAUGAAUUCACAAAACAUUUCUUGGGCUGUAUAUUGGUUGUCUCUUCUGCUGAAACUAACCCUCUGGACAUGUUGGUGCACAUGGGACAGCAACUCCAACAGCUGCAGAAUGUUACUCCCGCAAAGCUGCCCAAGUGGUUUUGUCCUGAUGUUCUUCGAUAUUAUGUGCUGCUGCAUGAUGUAUCAGGCUCUACCAGUGAAAGGGCGGAAGCCGUAUUUGAGACAAUGAAAACUACGUAUGGAAUAAAUUCUUGCUAUAUGUUGCAGAUAAAUUCUAGAGUUGCAGGACAUAAGGAGGACCUGAGUCACCUUCCAGACCCUUGGUGCCAGUUUCUCACCCGUCAACAUGAUAGUCAGGAUGCCAGUGAUCACGAUAGUAGUCCACGGACUCCUGCAGAGGUUGGCGGGGUGACGGGUAUGCCGAGCUGUGUGAGUGCCGACGUUAGCUGUGACAGUGCCUCUCCAACUGAGGUAAUAAAGUCUGGCAGUGCUCUCGAAGUGGCCCAGGAAGCGGGCGAGAACUCACCUGUCCCGGUCACCCACCACCCCCUCAGCCCUGAUGCCGAUGUCCGAGAUUGUUUAGUAGUUAACUCAGACGAGAAACAGCACAAUGAAGUUCUCUCUGCUCCAUGCCACAUUAAUGACAACGUUUGGGCUGGCCAUUCUGCAGCUGGUGCCAAUAACAUUGUUAUUCAGCAUGGCAGCUGCUUGAGUGCAAGCGAUUUGGAACGGCUAAGAUUAUUUGCCCAAGAUUUCUGCCUUAAAUCUCUUCUCCCCUUUGUUGAAAAGCAAAUUCAGCUAUUGAGUGAUAUUAUUUCCAAUAAGAAAGGAGUCAGUAGGUCUCUUUUUAGUGCAACAAAACGUUGGUUCGGAAGCAACAAACCAGGGACACCAGGUGCAAAUAAUCCAGUAAACGCAGUCAUCUAUAGUACUGACUCACCAGAACUGCAGCUGAGAAGACUCGGUGAUUUGUGCUUCAUGUUUGGUCACUACACAUUGGCUUUCCAAGCAUACCAUUCUGCUAAGCGGGAUUUCUCUGCUGACCAAGCGUGGCUUUACUAUGCAGGAGCACUGGAAAUGGCAGCACUCUCUGCCUUUAUGCAAGGGGAGCCAACGAGGAAGGCACAGGAGUACAUGGAGGAGAGCAUAUCGACUUACCUCAACUCGUGCAAAAUGCCUCAGUUUGCGACUCGAGCAACACUACUCAGUACUGAGUGUCUCAAGGGUCGAAGUUUGUAUGGAGAAGCUGCAAAGCAGUUCAUCAGAAUGACAAGUGAAGAUUCUGACUUGCGCAGUGCUUUACUAUUGGAGCAAGCGUCCUACUGUUUCUUAAAGUCAACUCGACCUCGCAUGGCAAGAAAAUAUGCAUUCCAUAUUGUAUUAGCUGGACACCGUUUCUCCAAAGCUGGACAGCGAAAACAUUCACUCAGAUGCUACAAGCAGGCAUACCAAAUAUAUGAAAACAGAAACUGGAGUUUGGCUGAAGAUCAUAUCCAUUUCACGAUUGGCAGGCAAGCAGCAUACCUCAAGCAAAUUUCAGAUGCCUCACUGUCAUUCUCCAAGCUUCUCACCCCAGCAAGCAAACAAUCAGCUCCUCAGCAGUCAGCUUUUCUUCGUGAAUAUCUCACUAUUCAGCAACAGUUAAUGGCAGAGGAGCGCAAUGUGUCGGACAAUUUAACUGUUCUUCCUCUACCAGUUGUGGACAAUGACAGCAUCAAAGUUUUACUUGGUUCGUUAACAUCAACACCCUCAAGUGAAGCAGCCAUAGUCUACGCAACUGGUGUUAAAUUUGAAGAUGAUCAGUCUGACAACAGAAGGUGGACAAAAUUAGAAGAGACAUUAGUAAAUGAAGCACAAGGUACUUUGCCGAUGAUCUUCAGACCAACACUCCAACUUUUUUCCAAUGAGACUGUGAAUACCUCCAAACCCAUUGCUAUUGUGAGAGAGCCAAUAUAUGUGAGAAUAAUUCUGAAGAAUCCUUUACACAUUCCACUGCCUCUUUUGAAUGUUCAUUUAUUAUGGAACUUUAAAAAUGGUAAAAGUGAGAUAAGUAAUGAAUCCAGCAAAAGUACAAAGAAUGUUGAAAUUGAAACACAAUGCAUAGAUGCUGUUGUUGUUAAGCCGGACAGUGAUGAAGAGGUGAUACUCAGUGUUAUACCCAAGUGUGUUGGGGAAUUGAACAUUACUGGUGUUGCUUACCAUUUAACAAAUACAGCAAUACAACAAUUACCUGAACAAACAACUAACAAUGCUCCUAGUAUUAUAACUAUACCAGGAAAGCAAGUCUUCCGUGUAAGGUGCCCUCGUGCAAAAAUAACAAAAGACAAAGGAAGUCAAGAAGUAAAUGACAAAAGACUGGAAAUAAAUGUUGUAACAUCGUCACCUUGUCUUCAGGUAUCAUUUCAAAAUAUGAGUUCACAGAUGCUUUGUGGUGAAAUGCAGAAUGUUAGCAUACGUUUCAAGAACAUUGGUAGUGCUCCAUUGAGUAAUUUAUAUCUUGCAUCAUCUGUACCGGAAUUGAUUUCAUGUGCUGGUUAUCCAGUUUGUGAUACUGGACAGGGGACUAUUCCAGAAGUCAUAAAAAUUUCCCUUCCGGGUGGGCAACUUGCACCCGGUCAGAAACACAUGGAAUCCAUGUGGCUUCGUGCACCUGACUAUAGAGGCAUCACCAACUUAGAAAUUAUGUUUUACUAUGAAAAUAAUAACACCAAAUGCAUUCCACGGUAUCGAUUAGUAAGACAUUCAUGGGAGAUAACCGUUUUGGGUUCAGUUCAGUGUACAUCUAUGGCAACAAACAGUUGUGUAGCCUCCACUGACGAGAGUAGCCAAGUUUUGAAUCUGGCACUACAAGUUAAAAAUGUUAAUCAGGUACACGAUCCUAUAUUGACAGAGGUAUCAGUCUCUCAGGUUUCACUCGUCAGCAAAACGUGGCAGCUAUGUGGAAAAAUAGCUGUUCCUACAGGAGUGAAACUUCAGGCACAAGAGUCAAUCCACUUUGUGUUUAGUGCACGCAGACAGAAACACAAAAAGGAAAGAGCUGAUCCAUUUUCUGAUCUUCCCAUUGAAGACCAUGUAGAGAAUGUAACUUCUGCUAGGGAGAGCCCGUAUGUGGACUUCUAUAACAGACACAGGGCAAGAGUCAUCUCCAGUUCAGGGGCAGAUGAAACUGCAGAAGUCUCAAGGAAUUCUGUUGCUAGUCAACUAGAGAAUGAUGAUACUACCGGCAUGGAGGAGGCUCUCAAUAUUAAUGCAACCUUAAUUCUCAGGUGGCAGACGGAGAUUAGGAAUGGGAAAGGAACAAAAAGGAUGGCCCUAGGACAGCACCAUUUAAUACUGGAUAAAAUUGCAGUGUUGUCUGUUUCCUCAGCAGAUGAUGCUAAAGUACCAGUACCAUCAGAGAUUGAAGGUCCACUUAGGAUAUUUGGGCCAGAUGACUCAUCUUACAAGAGUGUCACUAGUGAAAAGUACCCCACUCUCGAUGUUCUCCAGAGGCUAGUCAUACAUAACAUUCGGCAUUCGCCUAAGGUGUGCCACGACUUUAGUGUAUCGAGGCUCUGCUUUGUACCCGUUCAGCUUCAGUUGCAGAACUGUUCAGAUACCAGUCUUGUUGUCAGGGUGAAUGCGUCAGACAGUGGAAGUUCAUCAUCAAGUAAAAACAAGCUGUAUUCUCCACAUUCUUCAAGUACGUUCCACUGGGUUGGCUUGGCAGGCUCGUGCUCAGAACUGAGUCCUCACGACAGUACUUCCGUGUCACUGUGUGCAGUUACGACGGGUCCAGGUACCUUCGACCUCGGUUCUUCUCUGGAAGUGUGGUGUCGUGCCCGUGGUGCUCCAGAAGCAGAUAGUGUGGCUCAAGUGUGGCAUGUUGAAUCAGCACUGGUAGUAGACAAUACGCCAGUUGUUCCUGUUUCUGAUCCAAAAAUUGUGUAGUUUAUUAACUACAAUGGGAGUUCCUUAUUUUAGAGGUACUCAGGUCAUAAAUGAUGAUAUAGUGCCUAGUUUUCCAUUUGAGAUGUUUUAUGUGAAAGUAUUUAUCUUAAUCAUGCAUGGAAGUGUGUGCGUAUCUCUUACAAAGUGGUCCUUAAGAACUUUUUUAUUGUUUGCUAAUUUACACAGUAAAGUAUGGAAUCAGAUAUUGAAAAUCAGAAAGAUUAUAUUCCAUUGAGCUGGACCCUGAGCAGCCUGCAUAAUAUUGCAUUCCUCUGUUGCUAAAAAUAUUAAGUGCUAGUAUAUGCAGUACAAAUAAGCAACUGCAGAGGAAUAUGUUAAAACCACUUCAUUAUUGGUAAAAUAAACAAAUUUAAAGAGAAACAUGAAGAUUUAAUUCUUAAAAAAAAAAAAAAAACAAUCAAUGUGGACUCUGCAUAUUAGUUGGACAUAUACUGCAUUACUUUCUUGUUGAAGUUGCCAUUAUAUUUUUAUUUUUGUAUAUUGUACAUGCUCAUAUCUCAUUAAGAUAUUAUCACUGUCAUCUUUUGUGAUAUAACUGAAGAAUCGGAAUAUUUUAUUUAUUUUUGAUUAAUUAGGAUCAGGUAUGUAUUUUCACUCCAAUGUUUUAGAUUUGCCAAGUAUGAUCACUAAAAUUCUUGGAAUAAAUCUGCCUCUGUUUGUUAUCCUAACGUUGUUUGUUUGGCAUGUACUUUCAGAAUAUUCCUAUUAGUGUAAUUCAGAUUAAUAUUUAUGUAAGUAAUAUUUUGUGAAAAUGAGGAUUUCAUUGACAGCUCUUUUACAUGUAUUUAAACACACAUUGUAAAACAUAGAAAGGAAUGCAAUUAUAAGAAUUGGCAGGACAUGGUAAGAUUGAAAUAUUGCAGGAAAAUAAAUGUGCGGUGUCUUAAAAAAAUGGGUAGUUAGAGUUGCAUCAUCUUCUGUGUUGCUACAUUUGUUGUUUUUUCUCAUUGUCAUUUGAUUUUGCCAUUCUUAUUGGUAUAGUUUGUACAUAAACCAUUUUAUUUUCUGCCCUCUGGGCACAAUAUUUUUGGCGUUGCAUAUACUACUGCGGAAAAGAUGUAUGUAUGUAUGUCAUAACCAAAAGUUACUAGUGCACAGGAAGGCUCCAGCAUUAAUAACUGUAAAAAUGUAAACUUUGGUUUAUUAACUGCAAGUUACAUUCCCAGAGGUUUCUAAUUUUUUCCCACUUUCUCAGUUGCUUAGAAUACAUCAUGAAUCUGAGUUCAUCCUUACCUUGUCUGCUUUGAUGAUUUCGCUGGAUAUGGUUACUUACUUUAUAAAGCAUAACAUAAAGCAUUAGGCCUUGGGCCUGUUCCGACUGGCUGACUGGCGCGUACAAGGCAAUACGAGGAUCGUGGGACGUGAUUGGCGUGUCGCCAAUCCAUCCAGCUGUUAUUGCAAGUAGAUGAAUCUUGAUUGUGCACUGCUUCUUUAUCCAAGCUCCAUAGCUGAAUGAUUAGCAUCACUGCCUUCGGUACAGAUGGACCUGGGUUCCAUUCCCAGUACGACCUCAGAAAAAAAUAUCUGAGGUGGGAGAUCUGGAAUGAGGUCCACUCAGCCUUAUGAAGCCAAAUGAGGAACUUAAACCUUAUACUACGAACAAACAAAAAUUCCUUUGUCUAAAUUAUAGCCAUUUUGUUCAGCUGAACUAAUAUAAUCAAGCCAAUUAUGUGAAGCCAGGUUUGUAGUUUCACUUCAUGUUUAUGCGUUUAAGAGGGAAGAUUGUAAAAAAUUGUUCAAUAAUUGGUUUUGUUGAUUGCUUUUCUUUAUCUAGGUUUCUGAUGACAUAACAAAGGCACAGUAGUCAGUGAAUGGCCCAUCUAGUCUAUUACAGUUCAGAUUCUGCUGUUCAUUCUUUCAAUAACUGUAUUUUAAAGCAUUGUUAUUUUAGUCGACAUAAUGAGUUCGUCAACUGAAAGUUGGGAGAUUCUCAUGAAAUAAAUUGCCACAUUGUACGAAAUGCAAGCCAUUUACAAUGUCGUAUUUUUAUGACAGUGAGAACAACCAAAAGAGAACAAACUGUGUUAAAAACAGAUAAAAUGGUGAAUUACUUUGAGUCAUAGAAGCCUGCCAACAGAACGAAAAGUCUUGCCUUGAAUCUACAAUUUUAUGUUACUUACAUAUUUAUUCUCAGUUCUGCUCCCCAAAUACCUCCGUCAUUGUUUGUGUCUCCAGUUUCAAACAUUAUUCUCAGAAUAGAUGGCCAAUUCCUGUCUAACUUUGCUUUAGCAGUGUCUCAGGAAUGCAGUUUGUAUCUUGUGUUCUAUAGAUUGACAUCAUCCUGUACUUUGUGUGUUCAUUUCAAUUUAAGUUCUGUUUGCUGCCUUUCUAUUUAUUCCAUUGUCGGCUCAUUUUUCUUGGGGAAACCUUAGUUUGUGAGCUUCCAAUUCUGUAUCAACCAUCACCUUUUCCUGCUGGGUCUUAAACAGUUUGUAAUGCUUGUGUAAAUGCUUUACCUUUUAACAUUGUAUAUAAUAAGUGGUGUUUGGCUGAAAAUGUAGGAUAAAAGAGUGGCGUGGACAAUUCUUGAGUGUACGAUAAAUGAAAUAAUACCUGGUGGCAUGAAGGGACACGAUAUGUUAUUGACACGCCACCUGGCACAUAUUUUUACAUAACUGAAUAAAGUAAGUUAUUUUUUGCUUUGUUACUGUGCUUCAAAAAUGCAAACUUAGGUGUGAUGAAUAAUAUUAUAUUAUUUUUUGGCGUUAUUCUACAAGAACAAAAGAUAAAAAACAAAUAUUAUUGUGAAAAACUGGAGAUGGAAUUGGAACAGAUUGAGAGGACAGGUCACCAUU